GCCGAAUACAUCAAGCAAUGGUAACAUCUUUAAAUGAGGAUAAUGAAAGUGUAACUGUUGAGUGGAUAGAAAAUGGAGAUACAAAAGGCAAAGAGAUUGACCUGGAGAGCAUCUUUUCUCUUAACCCUGACCUUGUACCUGAUGAAGAAAUUGAAGCCAGUCCAGAAAUACCUCCACCUCCAACAUCCUCAGCCAAAGUAAACAAAAUCGUAAAGAAUCGAAGGACUGUGGCUUCUAUUAAGAAUGACCCUCCUCCAAGAGACAAUAGAGUGGUUGGUUCUGCACGUGCACGGCCUAGUCAGCUUCCUGAACAGUCUUCUUCUGCACAACAGAAUGGUAGUGUUUCAGAUAUAUCUCCAGUUCAAGCUGCAAAAAAGGAAUUUGGACCCCCUUCACGUCGAAAAUCUAAUUGUGUGAAAGAAGUUGAAAAAUUACAAGAAAAGCGAGAAAAAAGGAGACUGCAACAACAAGAACUUAGAGAAAAAAGAGCCCAGGAUGUUGAUGCUACAAACCCAAAUUAUGAAAUUAUGUGUAUGAUCAGAGACUUUAGAGGAAGUUUGGAUUAUAGGCCUUUAACAACAGCAGAUCCGAUUGAUGAACAUAGGAUAUGUGUUUGUGUAAGAAAACGACCACUGAAUAAAAAAGAAACUCAAAUGAAAGAUCUUGAUGUAAUCACAAUCCCUAGUAAAGAUGUUGUGAUGGUACAUGAACCAAAACAGAAAGUAGAUUUAACAAGGUACCUAGAAAACCAAACAUUUCGUUUUGAUUAUGCCUUUGAUGACUCAGCUCCUAAUGAAAUGGUUUACAGGUUUACUGCUAGACCACUAGUAGAAACCAUAUUUGAAAGGGGAAUGGCUACAUGCUUUGCUUAUGGGCAGACUGGAAGUGGAAAAACUCAUACUAUGGGUGGUGACUUUUCAGGAAAGAACCAAGAUUGUUCUAAAGGAAUUUAUGCAUUAGCAGCUCGAGAUGUCUUUUUGAUGCUAAAGAAGCCAAAUUAUAAGAAGCUAGAACUUCAAGUAUAUGCAACCUUUUUUGAAAUUUAUAGUGGAAAGGUGUUUGACUUGCUAAAUAGGAAAACAAAAUUAAGAGUUCUAGAAGAUGGGAAACAGCAAGUUCAAGUGGUGGGAUUACAAGAACGGGAGGUCAAAUGUGUUGAAGACGUACUGAAACUUAUUGACAUAGGCAACAGUUGCAGAACAUCUGGUCAAACAUCUGCAAAUGCACAUUCAUCUCGGAGCCAUGCAGUAUUUCAGAUUAUUCUUAGAAGGAAAGGAAAACUACAUGGCAAAUUUUCCCUCAUCGAUUUGGCUGGAAAUGAAAGAGGAGCUGACACUUUCAGCGCGGACAGGCAAACCAGGCUUGAAGGUGCUGAAAUUAAUAAAAGCCUUUUAGCACUCAAGGAGUGCAUCAGAGCCUUAGGUAGAAAUAAACCUCAUACUCCUUUCCGAGCAAGUAAACUCACUCAGGUGUUAAGAGACUCAUUCAUAGGUGAAAACUCUCGUACCUGCAUGAUUGCCACAAUCUCUCCAGGGAUGGCAUCCUGUGAAAAUACUCUCAAUACAUUAAGAUAUGCAAACAGAGUAAAGGAGUUUGGAAUUAGUCCAUCAGACAUUCCCUUCUCACAGGGUAGUGGCAGUCGCCCUGAUCUCUCUCCUUCUUAUGAGUAUGACGACUUUUCUCCUUCGAUUACCAGGGUAAAAGAAUUGACUGUAGAUCCCACUGCUGCUGGUGAUGUCCGUCCAAUAAUGCACCACCCACCAAACCAGAUUGAUGACUUAGAGACACAGUGGGGUGUGGGGAGUUCUCCUCAGAGAGAUGAUCUAAAACUUCUUUGUGAACAAAAUGAAGAAGAAGUUUCUCCACAACUGUUUACUUUCCACGAAGCUGUUUCACAAAUGGUAGAGAUGGAAGAACAGGUUGUAGAAGAUCACAGAGCAGUAUUUCAGGAGUCUAUUCGAUGGUUAGAAGAUGAAAAAGCUCUCCUAGACAUGACUGAAGAAGUAGACUACGAUGUAGAUUCAUAUGCUACACAACUUGAAGCUAUUCUUGAGCAGAAAAUAGACAUUUUAACUGAGCUGCGGGAUAAAGUGAAGUCUUUUCAUGCAGCUCUACAAGAAGAAGAACAAGCCAGCAAGCAAAUCAACCCGAAGAGACCCCGUGCCCUUUAAAUCGGCAUUUGCUGCUAAAGGAUCCCCAGAACCCUCAUUACUGGAACAUACAAUGGUUUAGCUGUAAGGGCCCCUUGAAAGUUUUGAAAUUUUAAGUGUCUGUGGAAAAUGUCUUGUCCUUCACCUAAAUGACAUUUCAGUUUUGUGAAACACUCCUUUGUGUACAAAAUGCUUCUAGUCCAGGAGGCACAACCAAGAAUUGGGAUUAGUGAAGCAUUUUGUUUCAUCUGCCCAAAUGAUUUACUUUUGGAGAUCCUUGCCAGUUUUAUUUUCUAUGUGAUUAAAUAAGAUUGUGGACUUGAUCCAGAGGUGGAGAGUAGGGGGAAGCCACAGGAUUUCCUUUUAACUCCGUUCAAUUUUUGUAGCGAGACAAGUUUCAGAUCCUUUGCGUGCAUGCAUACCUCAUCGGUGAUUGUACAUACCUUGCCCACUCCUAGACAGCUGUGCUCUCCUCUUCCUGCUUUGUGCCUUGACUAAGGCUAUCGACCCUAAAUUUCUGAAGCACAGCCAAGAAAAAUUACAUUCCUAAUUUGUCAUUGUAAAUUACCUUUAUCGUGUGUACAUUUUUACUGUAUUUGAGACUUUUUGUGUGUGACUAGUUAAUUUUGCAGGAUGUGCCAUAUCAUUGAACGGAACUAAAGUCUGUGACAGUGGACAUAGCUGCUGGACCAUUCCAUCUUAUAUGUAAAGAAAUCUGGAAUUAUGAUUUUAAAACCACGUAACAUGUGAUUAUAAUUUUCUUAGCAUUUUCUUUGUAAAGAACUAAAAUAUAAACUAGUUGGUGUAUAAUAAAAAGUAAUGAAAUUCUGAAAAGAGUUUUAUCUUAGGAUAAUACAUAUAUAUGCAGUGUGUGUGCCAGUGUGGUAUUAACAAGAUUAAUAGUGCAAUUUGAUCCUUACAGAUACCAUUACUUGAGUUGAAGUGUUCAUUAGCACCCCAAAAUAUACCUUAAUGUACUGUUACAGGAAAUUGGCUUCUGAUGCAUGAACAUUUACAUGUACCUUGAAAGUAGUCCUUAAUAGGAGAUAGUUUAAGCCAAGAGUAGACAGUACAUAACUCCCUUGCAAAAGAAUUAAGCUGUAAGAGUUGACUUUGCCUUGAAAGGCAGAUCUAACCCAAGCUCCACCUAGUACCUAAAAUAUGGUAUUUCACCAUUAAUUGGUGAGAAUCAUUAAAUUCUCACCAAUAGAUUGGUGUAGGGCAUGCUACUUUUUAAAUGGCAGCACUUAUUUUUACAGAUUGCUAUUCCAAGAAGAAAACUGGCCACUUUUCAUGUAAAUAUUUUGUUAAAAGAUUUAUAUAGCUCUCUAGGAGUUUUCCCUCUGUUCCCAGGAAAGAGUCCUGGAGUAGAUUAACAACCAAAAAACUCCUAAGGGUACAUUGUUUUGAUUUACUCUACUACUAGGGAACUACAAGCUCAUUCACCUGGGCCUAAGGGAAGCUAUGAAUAGAGAGUCACAUGAGCCAGAUUCUCUACUUCACUGUUCAUAAAACUCCAAGUUGUGAGAAAUCCUAACACCAUGGUGAAAAGUUCUAUAAACAUGAAAUCUGAAAUAAAUGUAGAUUUUCAAAAUAAUGCUUAUUAAUAAAUGAAAUUUAUGGAAUGAGUUUUAGAGGUAAUUUACUUCAAUACAAUCACCUUUGUUUUGGAAGGGACUCAGGUUUUCUUGCGGUUGUAAGAUAUAUUCUAUUUGUGUUUAUUUUGAAAAGAAGAAGAAUGGAACUGUUAUUAUUGACCUUGGAGAGGCUGUCAAAAAAAAGGUAGUUUUUUGAGACUAACCAACAUUCAAAGGGCAAUAAAGACAUAUGAACUUGCUCAUUUUAAAGCACAACAGAUUCGUUUUACCAUUUGCAUUAGAUGGGUACUAUCUUUGGAAGGUCUCCUUAUAGACAAGUACGCUGCCUUAUACUAUAAUGCCUUUAUUUUGAUCAAUAGACAAGGUAUUUAAAAAAAUUAGUACCAGAAAGUAUCUUGGAGGUAGGUAGUGUAAUAUAGUCCUUCAGUUUUAUGGAUAGAGAAAACUGAAGGCCAGAAAAGGAAUUAAAUCUCGACAGUUUACAGGCAUAAAGGGAAAUAACCUAAGCAAGCUGAAAUAAAUCUUAAAUUUUUCUAUAAGGAUAGAGAUGGUACAAGUAGUCUGGUGAGAUUAAAAGAAAUCCAUCCUUAUGUAUAGUUAAUAUUCAUGAAACAAAAGUGGCUAAUGCCAUGAAGUAAUGAAUUGUUUUAUUCUGGAUUAAAUAUUAAUACUCUCUCAGACUUAAAAGCUGAUAUUCCUAUUAGUAAGUAAUUAAGACCAUACAAUAUUUUAAUUAUAACAUUUUCUAUGUGACCUUGAAGCCAGUUUUCAAACAGAAUCUGGGCAAACAAAUUAUCCUCCCCUCUAGGUUUACUCUGUGUACCUUUGCUAAAUUAAUUGGCAGUCCUCCUAUUGAAUUAGGUAUUAAAAAAGCCAAAUAUCAAGGAAGUUAUUUUUAUUAAUUUUAUUAUAUAAAUAAAAUAGUUUCAAUAAUUAUUUUAUUAAAGUAUAUUAACAGCACUUAGUAUUAUAUUGGUUUAAACAUAGUAGCUAACAAAAAUUUUUAACAUCUUUUGAAAUUCUCAGUCCAUAGUUUUAAAAUAGCUUGAAACUAUGCAUCAGGUAUAUAUAUGAUAACAUACUGGAAAUUUUAAUUAUCCAGAAGUCAUAUGAAUACUGUGAACAUGUAGUUGUGAAAAAAAAAUUUUUUUUUUUUUUUGAGUUGAAGGCAGAAGUCUUAACUUUAAAGCCUGUUUUGAUUUGUAAAGCCCUUCGAAGUUUGGUUAAACCUAUUAUUUCUCUAAGAAAAACCAUAAUUUUAUAGUUUCAUUCUAGUUGAGCUUCCUCACUGUACAGGUAAGAGAUCAUGUCCAGAAUAUGCCUGGCACUGCACGGCGGCAGUAGCCAAGUCAGGCUUAUCCAGAACACGAAUGUAGUCCAUGAUUCUAUAGGAUAGCUAAAGAGGUUGGCAAUAAUGGAAGAAACUGUAUAGGAUAAACAGCAAAAAGAAUGAGAAGCAAAGUAAAAACAUUUUAAGAAAUGAUUGUUUUGCUGUACAUGUGAAUAACAUGUGAAAAUGGUAAUGGGAACUAUGUGACUAAGCACAUUUAAUUAUUUUACUACUUGAACAGAGCUGAAGGCCUAUAGAGGGCCUCACAGUAAACAGAAAUGUAACAUCUUUAUUACAACAAUUAGAAAUGGUUAGUUUAGGUGUAAAAAUUGUGCGUAUCUGCGGCUCUUGAAGAGUAUGUAUAAAUUGGACCCUGCCCUAUGUUAUACAUUAGAAACCAAAGCUAAAAAACUUGCCACCUUAAAAAUUCAGAGCAAAAAACAGUGACAACAAUAUUAAAUCAAAAUAGUUAAGCAAAUUAUGUCCCAGUGGAGCAAAAGCAUAGGUUAUCUUCUUAAAUAUAUGAAAAAUAUAGAAUUCAUUUCCUUUCUUGACCUUGAAUAAUUUAUCUUCCAAAUGCCUAGGAAAAAUGGAUACCUUCUGCAUUGAAUCCAUGUAGCAGUCUGAAAAAAGAAACCAAAAGGGAUGGUAUUUGAAAAGCUAAUUUGUAGCACAUAAUGAUACAAUAGUUCUAUACUAUUCCAAUAGGAACAGAUCAGCUUACUUAUGCAGCCCACCCAUUCCUAGCACUAGUCAUUAAAGAAACCUUACUCUUCAGUGAAAUUAUAGAUUGGUUAAACCCAUGUCACAUUGGUGCCUCUUUCAUUGUAGCCUAAUGUCUUAAGUUAUAAUGGAUUUAACUAGAAUUAUCUUAUACUUCUGCUAUCCCAGGCCUAAGAGCUCAGCAGCAUUCAUUUCAACAUGGUAACUAAAGAUGCUGUUUGGGAUUAGAGGCAGAAGUCAGAUGAAUAUCCAAUCUUAAAUACCCAUUCUUCCUUGAAAAGUCACUGAGGUUCAAGGUAAAUACAUAUUUUUUCACUCUGGAUAUUUAUGUACUUGACAGAUUCCAGUCAGUAAACUACAGAUAGUCAGUAACCUUGAGAAAAUUUAGUGACAGUGAAGGAAGAGAAAAUACUUCUAUUGAGACCUGAGAUUAUUUCCAUGCCACCUCAGGAACAGGUCAAGUGAACUGAAAUGUCUGAAAGAGCAAAGUGUAGGUAGGUACUUGUGAAUAGUAUUCAACUCCUAGGAUUAACAUCUAAUAAAGACUCAGUAGUACUGCUAGCCAGCCAAUUAAAAUAGAAACUCCAUUUGUCUUAGGUAUCUAGAACUGUGUUUCCAACAUAGAAAAAGUCAAACCAAUGACUUUUACAAUAAACUACCCUCAUUUUUUAUUCAGCCUCUAGAACAUGGAAGCUUUAAAAGUGAAUUAGCUAGUAGGCAAGAUUUCUAAAAGCAUUAACAGUGAUUAAAAACAAGUACAGGUUAGUAAUAACCUGGGUAAUUAAUUGAAGUCAUGCUGUUUUCAUAAGACUUAUUUGUUUAUUCAAAGAAAACAAAUUUUGGUCUAAAUUGGCUAGAUAAUUAUGACACCCUUUAACUGAAGAUGUGCAUAACUUGUCUCAGGUCACAAAGCAACUAACUAUAUUACUAGAUGGACAACCACAUAUGAUUGUAGUGGACAUUACUUCAUGCUAACAGUCUAUUUAACAAGAGCUAUUCCCAGUAAGAAAGAAUCAGAUCCAGUUAAAUGUAUGUUUUUUUCCUACCUUACA